GACAAUGUAAACGCCCCGGAAACCGUAUUUGCGAUUGCAAAGUAAUCGAUUCCAGAACUGAAAAUUCCCCAUUUUAAUUCGAGCUUCCGGCUGCAAAACGCCCCAAUAAACAAUGGCAGGGUGUCGAAGGUAAUAAGCAGCAGACAGAAUAAUGUUGCAGCAGCAACAUCGAGAGGGUCUGAGUAGUGUCUUUCCACUCAAUACUCAACAGAGUUCAUUGUCAUCCCUCGUCAAUGUCAGGAAGAGGGGUAGGAUGGGCAUUCUCCGCAGGGCUCAACGCGGCCAUGGCCGCCAUUGCUGCUAAAUCCUUUCAUUCUCAGCUCGACUGGAGAUGGCAGUGUGUCAAAUAUGCCUUGGUUGUUUUUUUCAAUGUGAUCAUGUGGGCCAGUUAUGUCAAUAGCCUCAAAGCUCUUUCAUCAUUACAAGCUACAGUCGUAAACUUUGCUACGAACUUUCUCUCUUCGGGUUUUGCAGGCUACUUGUUUUUCGAGGAACAAUUGUCUUCCCAGUGGUUUGCGGGUGCUUUCCUUAUGGUUUUGGGCACAUUCAUCCUUAGCCAGUCAAGCAUUGAACAAGAUGCUACUCAUCAGCCUAAGAAGCUCAGUCCAGACUAAAGGUUUAUAUUCAAGUGUUGUUUUCUCCUUUCCCAUCUCUCGAACCAUUACAUUUUCUUACCCCCUUUAGAGCUGCUCACCACUAUUUAAAUGGCAUAUCGUCAUUGGUCUAAUGGCUGAAGUAAGGAUGGAAGAGAAAUUGAGCUGUUCAUCAUUUGGUUAUUUAGAAUAACUGUGAGCAGAUCCAUCAGUAAUUGUUUUUUCCUGUUACAAACACUUAGGGAUUGGUGGUGCCUUUCCAUUUACAAAAUGAGAUGUCAUAAAUAUGCAUACAUGUUGAGGGAUUGCCUUGUGACUUGAUAUG